AUGGGAGGCCGGCACUGCAGAGGAUUUCUCCAAAUAAGGAGAGCGAAAGAGGCUCAGAGGAUCCAGCCGGGGAGUAGUGCGGUGCAGUGGAGCGGCGCAGAUUGGAGAAGAGAGCUGACACACUGCACACAGAGAUGUGAUUUCUCUGUAGCCGACCCUCCCACACAAACCCUCUCACACAAACCGGGCAUGGGGUUAGUCAGCGUUGCCUUCAAGCCUGAGGACCUCCUGAAGCAUCGCUAUGCCAACCUGGGCAUCGGGCACACGCGCUACUCCACCACGGGCAACUCGGAGCUCCAGAACUGCCAGCCCUUCGUGGUGGACACCCUGCAUGGCAAGAUAGCGGUGGCACACAACGGAGAACUGGUCAACGCUGUGGCCCUGCGGAAAAAGGUGAUGCGUCAUGGUGUGGGCCUGUCCACCAGUUCGGACAGUGAGCUCAUCACUCAGCUGCUGGCUCUGACUCCACCCAUGGAGGAGCUCGACGUCCCUGAUUGGGUGGCUCGUAUAAAGAACCUGAUGAGUGAGACGCCCACCUCCUACUCGUUGCUGGUGAUGCACAAAGACGUGAUCUACGCCAUUAGAGACCCCUAUGGCAACAGACCCCUCUCACUCGGACGCUUGGUGCCCGUCUCCAAACUACACACUUCAGGAGGAGGAGCAUGCGACACAGAGGGCUGGGUGGUGUCCUCAGAGUCCUGCAGCUUCCAGUCAAUUGGAGCCAAGUAUUACCGGGAGGUGCAGCCAGGCGAGAUUGUUCAGAUCACUAGGCAGGGCGUCAAGACUCUGAGCGUGGUGCCACGGCCCGCUGGAGACCCGCCAGCCUUCUGCAUCUUCGAGUACGUCUACUUUGCCAGGCCUGACUCCAUAUUUGAAGGUCAAAUGGUGUAUACAGUCAGGCAGCGCUGUGGACGGCAGCUGGCCAUUGAGGCCCCCACAGAGUGUGACGUGGUCAGCACCGUCCCAGAGUCGGCCACUCCUGCUGCACUGGGAUACGCCCAACAGGCUGGCCUGCCGUACGUGGAGGUCCUGUGUAAGAACCGCUACGUGGGCCGCACCUUCAUCCAGCCCAACACGCGCCUCCGCCAGCUGGGUGUGGCCAAGAAGUUUGGGGUGCUGAGUGACAACUUUGCUGGCAAACGGGUGGUGCUGAUCGACGACUCCAUAGUCCGAGGCAACACCAUCUCCCCCAUCAUCAAGCUGCUGAAGGAGGCGGGGGCCACUGAGGUCCACAUACGUGUAGCAUCCCCUCCCAUCAAGUUCCCCUGUUACAUGGGCAUCAACAUCCCUACCAAAGAAGAGCUCAUUGCAAACAAGCCAGAGUUUGAGGACAUCGCAGGGUACAUUGGUGCCACCAGCGUGCGCUACUUGUCGGUGGAGGGCCUGGUUUCGGCGGUGCAGACUGGCAUCAAAGCCCACCAGGACAAGGAGGAGAGGAUCACCGACGCCAACACCAACGGCAGUAGGAGAGUGGGGCACUGCACUGCCUGCCUGACCGGCAAGUACCCCGUGGAACUGGAGUGGAGGACCACUACCAUCAUCAUCAUCAUCAUCAUCACCACCAAGCGAGCUGAAGACAUCCAAGAAGACCUGGAGCAUAUCUGA